AUGCAUUUGUGUCAGCGGUCUGGCGCUCUCAGCCGGCUAGCAUGUUGUCAUUUCGUUAAACUGCUAAAUGACACAAACAAGUAAGUUUAUUGUUGCCAUGUGUCAGACACAUUAUCUGUCUUUUACAGAGCCACGUCUGGUAAUUGAAUGACAAAGAGUUAGGCUAUAAAAACAGUUGAUAUAGCAAACAUCCUGUUGUAGCUUCGUAUCUUAAUCUCAAUCACACUUUUUUAAACUAUUAGGUUGUCCAAAUGAAUCUGUGUCCCUUUUCAAAGCAAGUUUUUGGCGUUAGAAAGCACAGAAUUAUUUGAAACAUUUAAUAGUCUUCACGGGUUGAAUAAAAAUUAAAAAAAUAUUUUCUGACCUUCCUCCUCCUAACAGCCCAGACCUCGGUCUAUGUAUGACUCAAUGAAAUAAUAUAAAAUUUAAAAUUUAGUUGAGUUUAUUCGUCUGUAAAUAAAAGUGUAUUCGUUUUUUAUAAAGUUUUUUUAAAAGUCAAAAAGUUUGUUUUAUUUUUUUUGUCAUACUAUGCUUACAUUAUAUUCAUGAAAUUGUUCAAAUAAUUCUGUGCCUCCUCUCAAAGCAAAUUUUUAGGAUUAAGAGCACAGAAUUAUGUGAAUAACCUAUCAGCUCAAAGUUUUUAUAUAAUAAAUUCUUUGCGCUACUAAUAGUACACAUAAAAAUUUUAGCUAGCAGUUUUGAGUUUUAAGUUUUCAAUUUUAAAUUUUUGAAUUUUGCGCAAUAUUUGGCAUUGUGUUUCAAGCACUUUUUUGAACUUUUAGAGAAGCUAGGCUUACAAAUAAAAAAAUUUAGGCUUGUUUAAGAGUUUUUUAAAAAUACCUUGAGAAAAAAUAAUUAAAAGUUAAAAAAUUACAACUUUUUAAACUAGAAACAUAAUGCUAAUUUGGCGGAAAAUUCAAAACGUAAUUUUUUGAUUUUGACUUUCUCGAGGUAUACUGGAAAGCGUGAUUUAGUAAUUUGCUAAAGAUCUUAUAUUUACAUGAUCUUUCGGUAUAAAAAAUUUGAAGUCAGUCAGAGUGGGGCCGGUUGCUUGUCUUGUUAGUUACAACUAUUCCAAUAACUUUUUCAAAUCUCUAGCCUACUAUAUAAAACCUACUAAACCAAACUUACUUUCUCUACCAGUGUUUUGCCGGACCGGUCCGGUCCGCGGACGGGUCCGGUCCGGUCCGGACCGGACCGAAGCAGAAAUUUUUGCGGACCGGACCGGACCCAAAAACCUGCGGACCCGGACCGAAGAAAAAGCUCCGGACCGGUCCGGGCAAAACACUGUUCACUACAAAUUAUGCAAAACAAUCUACGUAAAAUGAACUCGUAAAACGAGCAGUUCAAAGUGCAACCCUCUAAACCAAUUUCUUUAUUGCACCGUGGAGCCAGAAGCGGUUGGAAUUAGUUUCACUUCUUCUGAAUCCAUAAUUACAUGCUUUUUGUGCACUUUAAACGGCCGUUCAAACUCGAAAAAGAACAUUUAAUUUUGGGAGCUGUGGGCAUGGAUAAAUAUCUGUUCGUUGAAAUGGAUUUAUGACAGUUUUAUGACAUUCUUUGACGACUUUAUGUACUUCUAUAUACAUUUGAGGGUCUUUGAUGUUUUUUGAGUAAUAUUUAUUUAUUUUUUUGAUAAGGUAUUAUUAAAAAUGGCAAAAAAAUCAAAAAAAGUCUAAAAUUUAUCCAAAUUUAAAAAAUAGAAAAAAAAAUAUUUCAAAUUUUUUAGGUAUAAAGAACAAAAAUUAGAGCAAAAAGAAGUAAUGUCACUUUGUGUUGGUAUACUUCCUUAAACUGUUGUGUAAAGAGAAUUAGGAUUGAUUUAAUGUCGGGAAAUCUUCUUCUUUUGGGGCGGGAUUUCAGCUUUUUCAAAGGCCAAGAAAGCCGUUUUUAUUUUCAUGUAACAAUUCUUUUAGAGUGCCCUUCUGCGAUACAGAGUUCAUGAACAACGCCACGAGGAAACUGGAGGUAGGAUAUUGAGAUUAUUUUUUUAUAAAUAUGACAUUGUUUUUAAAAAAACUGAAAGGCUGGUAGGUAGAGCAGAGUGGGUAAGACAAGAUAGGGCAAGAUAGGUGCGUCACAUUAAAGGACCAGUUCGCCCAUUCAAAUAUCAUUGGCAUUUUGUCGCAAAAAUUCGACGUUCAUUUUUUUCGCAAAAAACCUGAGCAGGUCGGUCCCAAUUUGAAAAAUUCAUUUCGACACCGACCCACUCACGUUUUUUGAGAAAAAUGAUUUUGAUUGAAAUUGCCUGAUUUUCGACGCUUUUUGCGACAGAAUGCCAAUGAUAUUUGAAUGGGCGAACUGGUCCUUUAAAAAAGAGUAGAGUAAAUUAGAGAAGGGUAAAGAACAAUACAGUACGGUACAGUACAAAAGAGGAAGAAAGUCUAGGUUGAAAUCUAUAUUCUACAAUGAUCUUAAUUUUUUGUAUUUGCAGCCCUUGCCAAAUGUGUAUUCAACGCCAGUAUACCUUAACUUUCCUCCAGAAGUACCAGAAGACCAUGCCACCUUCUUCCUUGGAAUUACUUUGCUAAUAUCAAUAGCAGUUUUCUGUGCCAUUAUUAUUAUGAAGCUGACUAAGCCAAAGUAAGUAUUUUUCUAAAUUUUUUACUUUUUGUUUUUUAUUUUAUAUUUUUUUACCUUGUGGCAUUUUUGAAUUGUCCUUACAUUAUGGUAAAACGCAUAGUACAACAUAAAUCAAUCCGUGUUUCAGAGUAGGAUUUGCUCGUCUGCCCUCGGGCUUUAGUUUUAAUGGGCCAAUGGACUAUGACAUAAUGAUGUGGCUUUCGCGACAUCAACGGCGUAGCUCAGUAAUGUUGUUCUUGAGGUCAAUGGGUUGUCGUCCUGGGAGUAACAGAACACGACAGACUUCUUUGAGUGUGGUUUCUAGUUCAAGGUAAGGGUUUUAACGUUUAAAAUAACUUAACCAUACGUAUUUUAGUUUUUGUUUUAAAUUCAAAUUGAAAAAAAUAAAUUUUAAAAAAAUUGUUACCUAAACUUUUAAUUUUUAACAAUUUUUCAGUAUUUUUCGCUAUUUUAUUACCUAAUUGUUCAUUUUUUAGUAUGGGCCUAUUGCCGAGCUAUCGUUCAGCGACUAGUACCACAAUAACACCCACAAGUGUUCCACCUCCACCAUACGAAGAGAUGGAAAGCUUAACGACAUCAACUAGAGCUAGCUAUGUGUCACGUUCUAGUACUAACAACCUUCAAAUGUCUUGACAAAACUUUACAAUAAUACUGUUUCUACAGUAUUUCUAAGUGAGUUUUAUUAGUUUUUUACUGAUAUUGUACUUGAAAAGGAUAAAAAUUUUGUUAACCUUAGCCCAGAGUCUUAGCUUAGAGCCUUAUCUGCAAGUCCUAGCCUUAGUCAAGAGCCCUAGCCCAGAGCCUUAGCCGACAGGCCUACCCAAGAGAAUAGUUCAAAGCCCUAGCUCUAGUCCAGAGCUUUAGUCUUAGCUCUACUUACCGUAACUUAACAGUGGUCUUUGCAAUUUUGUGAAUCAGUCUUAUUAUGUAUACCCUAUUUUUGAAAGAAAAACAGUACAAAAUAGUACAAGAUAGCAACUGUUUCCAAUACUAAAUGCUUUUGUUUAUAGUAUUAUAUAGCACUUGUUUAGUAUUAUUAAGCUGUACUAGUUUGAAAAACGUCACUUUACAGUAUAUCUAAAAAUUUUCAAAACAGCACUAUAUAGCACUUUGUCAGUAUCGUACUACAUUAGUACAAAAGCUUUCAAAACUGUUUUUUGUGACUUUUUGAAAACCGCAUUGUUUUGAAAUGUUUAUUCUUUUUGCCACGAAUUCGUUCUCAAAUAUUCCCUGAGGGCAUUCGCUUCAAACAAAUCGCUCAAGAUGCUUUUUUCGAUAAUUUUGGAAUAUUUAAAGUAGUCACGUUUUUAGAUUACACACAUACAGGUACAUUCAUAUAAGACUACAAAAAGUAUCGUCCAAAUGCUGGUAUUCAUUUCAUUACUCAUUGUUACUUGUUUUACUGAAUAAAUGAAUUUUUCAAACUCAAAAUUUAAAAAUUGAAAAAAUUUCAAAAAAAAAAUUAAAAAAAAUUUUUCAAAUUAAAAAAAAUUAAAAAAUUUUCUAAAAAUUUUAAUUUUAAAAAAGGAAUAUCUUUUAUAUUCAUUUUUUUUUACUUUUUACAAUAAUGAAUGGUUGGUGUUACUUGAUAUUAUUCAUACCGUUUGUUAUAGCUGCUGACCUAAAAAGGAUAAUAUAUAAUCAAUGUUCUUCAGUGUAAGUUGUCAUUAAUUGAUUUUGAAAUAGUGAAAGUAGAGUAAAAUAGGGUAAAGCAGGGUAGGGUAGGAUAGGGUAAAGUAAAAAUUAAAAUAUCACUUUUUAGCCCCUACUCAAAUCAAGAUACCGUCGUAUACCGUUACCUAAUUGACCCUGACUGUUACGUAUACGUAUGGGCAGAAAAUGAGUACGACAACUUUCAAGAACGUCUGGAAUAUAUUGGAAAUUACUCAACUUCUUGGAUGAACGUUUGUAGGCUUGAUAACAUCCUUACGUUCACAGAUAAGACAGAUCUACAUGUAUUAUUGAAACUUGAUAAUGGAUAUGCACAUACAAAGUAAGUUACUUUACAUGGUAAUGUAUUUUAAGAUGAGAAAGUGCCUCUAGGGCUAAGGCUCUGAGUUAGGGCGCUGGGCUCUGGGCUAAGGCUCUGGGCCAGGGCUUUGGGCUAAGGCUCCCGGCUAAGGUUCUGGGCUAGGGCUUUGGGAUAGGGCUCUGGGCUAGGACUCUGGGCUAAGGUUCUAGGCUAGAGCUCUAGGCUAUUGCCCUGGGCUGAGACUCUAGGUUAACGCAAGGACUGAGUCUAGGUUAUCGGCUGUGUAUUCUACAUGUUACUAUUAUAGUUAUAUGAUAUACUUUUUAGACUAGACCUGCCACACCUAGCAAAUGAAAUCGAAAAAUUUUAUCCAGAAUAUGCAUCAGAAUUUUUAAAUUUGGAUGCAAAUUUCGACGUACCAAACGCGACUUUAGAAGAUUGUUAUGUAAAAGAGACAGAUAAGGUGUUGAUUUGUUACUUUUGGCAUCAAACGACUUUAUACAAAGUAGAAUUCAGUAUAUAUUGUCCAGAGAACAAGACUUUUUGUAAUGUGUAAGUUAUUUUGAAGGUAAUGUAUUGGAUAGUACUUUUUUUCUUAUAUAAAUUUUACCUUAUAUGCUACUAUAAUAUAAUAUGUUGUUAUAAGUAUAGUAGCAUAAAGUGUAUAAUAUGUUGUUAUUGCUUUUUAUAUUUUAAUGCUUAAAUUUUCAGUAUUAAAGGCAUCCCCACAAUGCUAAGUGACCUUCCAGACAAGAAUCACAAUCUUUUUGUCGAAAACACAGAUAAUGAGACGAUACUGUACUUCUACAACACUUUAUAUGGCAAUUGGAUUCAACGAUACACGGAAGAUUCCAAGUUUACCAGAAUGACACAGCAUUCUAUCCAUGUUCCUCCAAAUACUUACGAAAUAAAGAAGUUUAUCAAAGACGGCUUGGACAAAGUGAUUACAGUAGAAUGUAAUAAGGAAGAUCAGUGUACUUACUAUCACAGUUCGUUGAUUGAUGUAAGUUGAGAUGAUAUUUGUGAUUAUUUCUCCCUCUCUCCUUCCUAUUUACAAAAAUUACUCUCUCAGUACUAUUAAUAACUAUGAUUUACUACCAUUUUAAUAUACACCACCGUUUCAGACAGCCUACACCCCCUCAAUCUGCCUCUUCAGAACAUCCUACCCAAUGACAAUUGGCUUUGUUCGAAAAGAAAACAAUAUCAAAAGGUACCCCAAACGUCGCUUAUCACCUCUAACACAAUGGCAUACAAGCAACAAGAAUGUUGUUUAUAAUGCACAUGUUGUAGUAGUAGUCACGUACACUAUGUGGACCAUCACGUUGUUAGCCACUUGUGAAUUGGCUUUCCUGACCAAGCGAAGGCUCAUGAUGAAGAUUGUUAGACUAGCCGAAAAGUCAUGCAUAUCAUACCCAAACGAAUAUAAAAAUAGAAGAACUACUACGCACUUGUUUGAAGAUACCGAGGUGCUGGAGUUGAAGAAGAUUCAGACGGAUCUGAAGAAGCGGCUUAACAUUAAAGGUAGGUUAAGGUGUUGUAGUUAGAGGAGGGUUUUAUAACAUUGGGUCGUCUGGUGGCAAUAGGACACUAGGCCAAUCCGAAAAAUUGGGCACAGCCGCCUUACAGGUCGACUUAAUACUUAACCAACUUUUGUUUAAUUUCAGAUGAAGAUCCAUACGAACCAGAAAUAGUUCCAAAAGUACCAGUAAAAGGCAGACUUAACGCAGGUCCAGCUAUUGAUGUGAUUGUUGAACCUAUGUCAUAUUCGUUGUAA